AAAAGGAGCCUCCUUUCAGUGUUCAUCUCGUCAUAAAAUAUCAUAAACCCUAACCCCCUCUCUAUCAUUGAGGCAGGUAAAGCUUAAAUUAGGGGUUUUUUUUUAAUACGUUAUUCUCAUAUCUCUCUAUCUUCUUCUCUGAAUUCGCAGCCCUAGCAAGAAAACCCAGAUUUUUGAAAUGGGUUACGCGCAGCUGGUUAUUGGCCCUGCCGGCAGCGGCAAGUCGACUUAUUGCUCUAGUUUGCACGAACACUGUACGGCUAUUGGGAGGAGUAUCAAUAUUGUUAAUUUGGAUCCUGCUGCAGAAAAUUUUGACUAUCCUGUGGCCAUGGAUAUUAGGGAACUUGUUUCCUUGGAGGAUGUUAUGGAGGAACUUGGUUUGGGUCCCAAUGGUGGACUUUUAUACUGCAUGGAACACCUGGAAGACAAUCUGGAUGAAUGGCUCACGGAGGAAUUGGACAAUUACACGGAUGAUGACUACUUAGUUUUUGACUGCCCAGGCCAGAUAGAACUUUUCUCGCAUGUGCCUGUGCUACGGAACUUCGUGGAGCAUCUGCAGCGUAAAAAUUUCAAAGUCUGUGUCGUCUACUUGCUUGAUUCUCAGUUCAUUACGGAUGUGACUAAGUUUAUUAGUGGGUGCAUGGCGUCUCUUUCUGCCAUGAUUCAACUUGAAUUACCACAUGUUAAUAUCCUCUCCAAAAUGGACCUUGCACCGAGAAAAAAGGAUAUUGAAGACUUCUUGUAUCCGGAGCCUCAAGUUUUAUUAUCAGAGUUGAAUCAACGCAUGGCUCCUCAGUUUGCAAAGCUAAAUAAAUCUUUGAUUGAACUGGUCGAUGAUUAUAGCAUGGUGAGUUUUCUGCCGCUAGACUUGAGGAAGUCAAGCAGCAUGAGCUAUGUCCUGGCUCAGAUCGAUACCUGCAUUCAGUUCGGAGAAGAUGCCGAUGUGAAGGUUAAGGAAUUUGAUCAGGAAGAAGAUGACUGAGCUUAUUAAACUUUUUACCUCUUGAUCGUGAAACUACCGUUGCAGCCCCUGCUGCAGCUGUUUUGAAUUGUGAGGAGUGAAAAAGGUGAUUCAGGGUAGUAUUGUCAAUCUACAAAACAAAUUAUUAACGUGAGUUAUCGGUCGGUAUUUCAGAGAAUUUUAUCUUAUAUGCGUCUACUAUUAACGUGAUUUUGAGGAUCUACUGUUGGAUUGACGAUAUAUUGAAAAACUAAUCAUUUUAACAAUUGAGUUUAAAAUACGAACAUUUUGGUCA